GAGGGUGAAGUUUGAAAACAGGCUGUAGGCUCUAGAGCUCCGAAGCUUGAGCCAACAGCUGCUUUUGGAGGGGUGGCUCGAGUUUGCCUAAGAUUGUUUAAAGACACAAUUUUGGGUUGUCUGGAAUUGCGUUUGGAUUCUAGAGUUCGAGUUCUUGUAAAACAGUUACUAGGUUUAUGUAAUGCUUUUGAGUAGCUUAAGUUUCUAACUCCCUCUGCGGGCCCCUUUGGAACCCCUAGUGCCCUCUCAUUGUCUGCUCUAUCGACUUCUUAGGAUCGCACCGGCCACCCUGCUUUGAUUACUUCCUGGUAGGGCCCUAGUGCCGCUGCUAGUCUUUGUUUAUUAGCUUUAAAAUGAUCACUAUUAGCCAGGGUUGUAGCGUUCACAUUUGAAUUGUACACUUCCGAAAUCUCGAGUUUAAAGAAAUAUAGAAAUAGCGAUGGUAUGAUUUAGCUGUGUGACACUUCUCUUGGGUUGGACUGGGAAGAUAGGUUAGAGAAUGCUUAACACUUUUGGCAGGUUUCUUCUCCUCCUUCGCAGAUUGCUUCUUAAAGGAUGGGGGAAAAUGUAGCUACAAAGAAAAACAUACUUUAGGUUAAGGAAUAGAAAUAACUGCAGUUUCUUGAAACUCUCGGACGUUUGAUGCUUUGCUUGUGUUUGUAAACUCUCGUCUUUUUCUACAUGUAGGCUUUAAAAAUUAACUAGUUAAUUGGUUUCACAGUGUAGUAUUGUAGUUCUUUCCUGAGAAUGCAGAAACUUGGGUAAAUUAACUCUUAACCUAUACAUAUAUCUUCAACAGUAAAUGUUGAGUGUGGCACAAAAAAAUAGGGUGUAUCACAUUGCUUUUCAAAUUGAUUGGUGGCACAUUAGCUAUAGCUCUGGAACUUAAUUUUUUUCCAAAAGAGAUUUGGAAAAGAAAAUAAAAUACUAGGAAAACAUACCUUCCAAGGAAUGGAGCAAUUACUGUUGCUCAAUACAAAGUGGACAGCUAGCACACUUUUGACUUUUUCUAGGUAAAAUCACAUCAAACUUAAAAAUGGCUUCACUGACACAAUCAUAUUUAAAAAAAAAAGACAAGAAUUAUGCUAGUGGCAAAUAUCCUGUUGUCAAUCAGUCUUGCCCUAUCAGAGAAUCCAGUUAGUUGUAGAAUAGAGAUGCAGGAGAUCAAGGAAUUCAGUAAGUUAAAAUGGAGCAAAACAGAGAGACUUAUUCUGAUGGUAAGAAUUAACUAGUAUGUUUAGAACUAAAGGAUGGGUGAUUUAUGUCCAAGGGAUAGAAUGACAUCUUUGCAUCUUGCAAGAAAAUUUGCCUCCGACACUGCUUUGCAAAGGUGAUUCUAGUCACUUGCUUGGAUUUAUAAACCAAUUAAGCUAGUUUCUCAACCUUGUUUGGGUUUUGUCUUCUGUCCACAUUGUGAAUUGAACCCUUUCCAUCUGUGCUUCCCAUUUUAGCCUGUUGGCAUUCAUUUGUUGAUAUAAUCUAGUGUUAUUGUGUUAAGCUUGAUCUUGUUCUUGCCUGCCUGUUGUUUCAAUGAUUAAAUGAUUGGUAAGUCUGGGAGUCCUUAACUGAUCAUCUUGGAGCGUUGUGUUCUGUUUUUUUUUUUUUUUUUCCUCCAACACUCUUGAAUUUUAUUUAUUUAUUUUUUGGUAGAGGACCAAAUGGGUAGUCAGUGUGUUGAAUAAUGCUGUGACUGGAUAUUGAGUCUGAUUACAUUCUUAUUAAGGAGAGAAAAAUCCCUGUUUUGGCACUGGGACAAUAAAAGUAAUGCCCUUGCCUUGUUUUCUUUGGGAUCUUGCAAUUAUACCCAAGCGAGAUAGCCAAGCAAAUUGCAAAAGACCAACAUCGUAGGCCCUACUAGCUAGCAAUACAUCCUUGGACAAGUAGUUCUGAUUCCUUUGAGUAUCAGUUUUGUUGUGUCAUCUGUUAAAAGAGAGGAAGUAUUAUUUUUCAUUUACUUCACAGGUUGCUGUUUUUCACACAAAAGUAAUUUUUGUGAAAACAUCCAGAAACCGUUCUACACUGUCCAGAUAAUAGGUGGAAUUGCAGCUUAGAACAUUUUUAUAAAGAAGACCCUGAGUAAUUAAAUAUCUAAAGCCCAUUAAAUGGGGCCCAGAACAGACUGGCUUUAUGCUGAAUUAUGCUUUACAAGGAGAUACAGAACUCAACAAGAUUAGGGUGUGUGCCGGUCCAACAAAAGCCCUUGGGUCUGUUUGACUUGUUCAAGUGUCCACUGUGGAAGGUAUGUGAAUGGCCAUGCAAAAAAACAUUAUGAAGAUGCACAAAUACCCUUAACCAACCAUAAGAAGUCAGAAAAGCAAGAUAAAGCUCAGCAUACAGUGUGUAUGGAUUGCAGUAGCUACAGUACAUAUUGUGCUGGAGUCUCCUCAGCUGCUGCUUCAAGAAAGAGGUACCAGGUCCACACCUAAUGAGCACCCAAGCAACUCCUGGAGCGGCAGAAGGAGGCAGCAGCAGUGGACAAGGGAGAGGUUAUCGCUGUGAUGAUUUUGUGGUUAAUGACACCAAGCUGGGACUGGUACAGAAAGUCAGAGAACACUUACAGAACUUGGAAAACUCAGCUUUCACAGCUGACCGGCAUAGGAAAAGAAAACUUUUGGAAAACUCAUCUCUAAACAGCAAGUUACUAAAAGUAAAUGGAAGUACCACUACCAUUUGUGCGACAGGCCUUCGGAAUUUGGGCAACACAUGUUUCAUGAAUGCCAUCCUUCAGUCACUCAGUAACAUUGAGCAGUUUUGCUGUUAUUUCAAAGAACUGCCCGCUGUGGAGUUAAGGAAUGGGAAAACAGCAGGAAGGCGAACAUAUCACACCAGGAGCCAAGGGGAUAACAAUGUGUCUUUGGUAGAAGAGUUUAGAAAAACACUCUGUGCUUUAUGGCAAGGCAGCCAAACUGCAUUUAGCCCGGAAUCUUUGUUUUAUGUUGUUUGGAAGAUAAUGCCAAAUUUUAGGGGCUAUCAGCAGCAGGAUGCCCAUGAAUUCAUGCGCUACCUUUUGGACCACCUACACUUGGAACUUCAGGGUGGUUUCAAUGGAGUUUCCCGCUCAGCAAUUCUGCAGGAGAAUUCUACUCUGCCUGCAAGUAACAAAUGCUGCAUAAAUGGAGCAUCAACUGUUGUUACGGCUAUAUUUGGAGGCAUUCUCCAGAAUGAGGUCAACUGCCUCAUAUGUGGGACAGAGUCAAGGAAAUUUGAUCCAUUUCUAGACCUUUCAUUGGAUAUUCCAAGUCAGUUCAGAAGUAAGCGCUCUAAAAAUCAAGAAAAUGGACCAGUUUGUUCAUUACGAGAUUGUCUUCGCAGUUUUACUGAUUUAGAAGAACUUGAUGAGACAGAGUUAUAUAUGUGCCAUAAAUGCAAAAAGAAACAAAAGUCCACAAAAAAGUUCUGGAUUCAAAAACUGCCUAAGGUGCUAUGCUUGCAUUUGAAAAGAUUUCAUUGGACAGCAUAUUUAAGAAACAAAGUUGAUACAUACGUAGAAUUUCCACUGAGAGGCUUAGACAUGAAAUGCUACUUACUAGAGCCUGAGAACAGUGGCCCAGAGAACUGCCUGUAUGACCUUGCUGCUGUAGUGGUGCACCAUGGUUCUGGGGUUGGUUCUGGACAUUACACGGCAUAUGCAACUCAUGAAGGCCGCUGGUUCCAUUUCAAUGACAGUACUGUAACACUGACUGAUGAAGAGACCGUUGUGAAGGCAAAGGCCUACAUCCUUUUUUAUGUGGAGCGCCAGGCUAAAGCUGGAUCAGAUAAACUUUAAUACCUCCUCUGAAUCAUUAUUCAUCAACUAUACUGGGCAACAUUUCCAAUUUUCCAUAAAUACUUGAUCUAAGAUUUAAUUUCAUUAUGCACUUUUCAAUUUCCUGUUUUGGGUUUAGUUUUGUCAUUAGUAGUGACUUAUUGAACAUGGGCACCAACUAAUUUUUUGUUGUUCUACCAGAAAACCUCAGCAGACAUUUUGAUUUGCUGCUUUAGUUGUAAUAAUUCGAUUUUUAUAUGUAGUUUCAAGAACUUAGUUCUGUUUGCCUUUUUUAUAUUAAUGUUUUCAGUUCUCACUUCAAGCACAUUUACAUCAAUGCUUUUGUUACUCUCACAUGCUGAAAGCAAGGCACGCUCUUGAGUGUGAAGAGUGACAUAACUGCCUGCUGCCUUUUUACAGCUGGGAUGGAUUAGGUUGACUCCCAAUCAAGGAUCAUGUGUGUGUAGAAUUUGUGGCCCAUAAGAUUUCACAGUGAAUGCUCAGUAAUCAUUCUUUUUGACUGUAAAAGAUAACUGAGAGUGCAUCCUUAAGUAGACCAGGUAAUUGCUGCUGGUGGUGUCUCAUGGGUGCUGAUUAUCAGCAAUAACUAAAUAAAUUUUUUGGUCCGGUUAUACCUGUACUGCAGAUUCAAAAAUUACUCUAUUUUCUGGGUUUUUCAGUUUCUGGAGUUUUUGUGUUUUCAUAGGGGGAGACAGGUCAGGAACACAGAAAAAUCCAAAUAAGAACAAAUAUGUCAUAAUGUUUAAAAACGUCUGUGAGUCUGUUGCAUGGUACAGGUGCUAUCUGGUGAGAAAAAUCAUAGCUUCUCUUUGCCUUUUUGAAUCAGCAUCUAAAUCCCCCUUUAGUUGUAGCACUGGGAGUAACUGCAUGUCUACUUUAGACUUGCUUCUUACUUGGCCAUCUGAGGAAGAGAUAGAUGAUCCAGAAUUGAUGGUGGCCAUCACCUACACUCCAGGUGUCGUUGUGGGGUCUGCUUUUAUAGAAGGAAGUUGGAGUCAUUGCUACUUUGGGUUUUAACUCUCUUGGCCUAUCCUGAGAGCAGAGCAAGUUAAAAAUAUUCUCACUUUGAAUAAGUAUAAUUUGUAUUCUUGAACUCAGUAGUGUUUGUUUCAAAACUGUUGUCCAUAAAAAUAGGUACAGGCACUAUUUAGAUGGAGCUCAAAUUGAAAUGUGAACUCAGAGUCUCAUUUAAAGAAGGCAUUUGUGAUUGCUCAAGGGUUCUAAGACAGCUCUUUAAUUUUGAGGUGGUGAUGGCAUUACUUGUAAAUUAUUUGGGGAGAGUAGGAUUGCCAGCACAGGCAUGCAGGCAUUGAACUGCGUGCCAUUUUCUUGUUCAUUUCUUGUCCCUGCCAUUCUUUUCUUCCUUUUCUCAACAAAGGACAAAAUACAUUUCAUGUUCAGCCAGGCAAGCAGACUUUUUGGCAAUCCUGUUUUCUUUUUUUUAAUUUAAAGGAAAAAUAGUCAAAACUUUUUCUAGUGUAUGAAUGUAAAAGAAAGUCUGAUGGCUUUCCUCCUAGGUCAGUUGUUUAUAGUUAUAGGAGCAGAGGUGGCUUCUUUUCCUUCUUAAUAAUUAGCUGGAUAAAUCCCACAUUCUCUCAGAGCAGAACACAUUUGCUGGAUAAAUGUUUUAACACGACAAGGAGCAAACUGCAGUUAUGUCUAAACUUGUGUUAUCUAAUAUGAUGGCCAUAUGUGGUUAUUUAAAUUUAAAACUCAGUUCCUCACUCAUACUAGUCAUAUCUCAAGUGUUCAGCGCCCAUACCUGGCUAGGAUUGUGCAGGUCUAGGACAUUCCACAAUGGAUAGAGUUCUCUUGGACAACACUGGCCUAAGUUUUCACUCCAAAGAGUAAAACUUUAGGUCUUAGAGUUAAGAAUCAGAGUCCUAGCAGGCAAUUAGUAUUUAAAAUAAUUUACAGCACUGAAUUAUAUUAGGUGGAACUAUAUGCAAAUAUAACAUUUGGUCUACAGAAAUGAGUUUGACUGAUUUAUGCUAAUCUAUCAAUCAGUACGUUAAAACACAUAACUGAAAAGUAAGUCUCCUCUGACCUUGCUUAGUUCUGCUGUGAGUCAGGCUCCUUGGCUCAGAAGGUAGACAGCUAGAUCAUCUAACAUCACACUUAGGACUCCAGUCUUGGCAUGGGCACUGAGAUGACUGAACAGUAAAUACUGGCAGAAUCCAUACUGAUGAAGACAUGUCUUUUCAUACUAAGUGGAACUUAGUGGCAGGCUGGACUACUUUGUUGGAGAAAGUGGUCUUCAGACAGGCAGUACUGUUGGUUUAUGUGAAGAACACACCUCCUCUUUGAAUUUUUGUAGCAUUCUUAUUGCUCAUUUUUAAGCAGAAUAUUUAGAGUGGUAUCAUGAAGACUCUUGGAAAGUGAUUGGAUCCAUCUGAGUGCCCAUGAUGUAAAUGUGCCUAUUUGUAUUUUCAUCCUGUAGCUGUAGCCUUAUCACACCACAGUUAAUGGAUCUUUCUUUGCUCUUCAGGGCUUUUUCCGCGCCAUGUUGUCUCUAACCCGAAUGUGGCUUCUUGCUCAGAACUUAUGCUGAGGCAGGGCCUCAUGUCAUGUGGCUCCAUGGAACAGGAAAUUCUCAGAAGUCCUCCCACACAGAUGGGAAUAGAAACAGUUUGUGGCAACACAAAUCUCUCUCCAUGGUGGAGAAACCUUUGCUUAUCCACUGUAUUCUACUCAGUGUAUAGUGAUGACAGAUAUAAUAGAAUUAAACCAGUCAAGCGUGCUGGGCCUGGUUAAGUGUUAAAUAUGUGUCUCAACCUGUGGAACCUACUCAACAGCAUGGUUUCUGGGGUGGGACAUAUUUAUUUCUUAAGCCAAACCGCUCCUUCAUUGGAGAAAGGUGUCUUCAGACAGGCAGUGCUGUUUUAGUGUACAUAAAUCUUUUUAGACAUAUUUAUCCCAUUGUGACUUCCACCAUCCCCUAAACUCUCUCAUGGACCCUCUGUUGCCGAAGGAGCCUCUGCACUUGGGGCCUGGAAAGGCUCAUAGCAAGGCCUUUUCCCGCAGUCAGGGUGUGGGUCCCCUGUGACCAGGUGUGGCCAUUGGAUGAUGCCCCUGGCCCAGGAAGGAGCAGUGAGUGUGUGGAAUUGUCUCUGGUCCAGGUCUCUGCACCUCAUCACUGGUGCAGAACCUCCUCAGGUGUGAGCGUGACAGCCUCCACAUGCUGGUUGUGCUGUGACGUUACUGUUUGCCAUUAAAACUUAGUGUGUAUUAUGCGAAGAGGAUUGUUUAAUUGUGCAAGUGACUGGUUCAUUCAAGUUGUAAUCACAUCCCUUUUCUGCUUCACCAGCCUCAACUAUUCUAUGGAAAGUAUCAUUAAAGGUCUGUUCUCUUUC